ACAGUCAUUCAAAAACGUCUGCACGAAGGGGGCGUGGUUACAGGAUCACUGAAGCACCGCUGCCCGCGCGCUCCGCCACAACAGUCAGCUGGGGAGAGGUAGGCGUGUGUGCGCGCGCGUGCCGACCAACCGGGAAGCGAAGCGCAAGCCGAGCAAGACCCCAUACAACCGCGCAGGCUACAAGUUGAGGAGAUUUCUACCCACUUCAUCCAUUCCGUCCCCAUCAUGGCCGACCCAGAGGCUGCGGAGGGCGCGGAAGGCGCGGAGGGCGCGGGGGGCGCACGAGGCUUCGCCAGGCAGGGCGCGCUGAGGCAGAAGAACGUACACGAAGUGAAGAACCACAAGUUCAUCGCGCGCUUCUUCAAGCAGCCGACCUUCUGCAGCCACUGCACCGACUUCAUCUGGGGUUUCGGCAAGCAAGGCUUCCAGUGUCAAGUAUGCGGUUUUGUGGUCCACAAACGCUGCCAUGAGUUUGUUGCUUUCUCCUGCCCUGGAGCCGACAAGGGCCCAGCAUCAGAUGUAAUCAAGGAGGCUCGUAACUUGGUGCCAAUGGAUCCAAACGGCCUGUCAGAUCCAUAUGUGAAGCUUAAAUUAAUUCCAGACCCAAAGAGCGAGAGCAAGCAGAAGACAAAAACCAUCAAGUGCUCCCUCAACCCUACAUGGGACGAACACUUCAACUUUAACCUCAGAGAUACAGAUAAAGACAGGCGUUUGUCAGUGGAGGUGUGGGAUUGGGAUCUGACCAGCAGAAAUGACUUCAUGGGGUCGAUGUCUUUUGGCAUCUCUGAGCUGCAGAAACAAGGUGUCAACGGAUGGUUUAAGUUGCUGGGCCAAGAGGAAGGGGAGUAUUUCAACGUUCCAGUUCCACCAGAUGGAGAGGAGGGCAAUGAAGAACUGCGGCAGAAAUUUGAGAGAGCCAAGAUUGGCCCUGGCAAUAAGAAUACAGAUGGCUCUUCAAAGAAUGACAUCUCUAAAUAUGAUGCCAAUGGCAACAAAGACCGCAUGAAGCUCUCAGACUUCAACUUCAUCAUGGUGCUGGGCAAAGGCAGCUUUGGCAAGGUGAUGCUUGCCGAACGUAAAGGCUCAGAUGAGCUGUACGCAGUGAAGAUCUUGAAGAAGGAUGUGGUCAUUCAGGACGAUGAUGUGGAAUGCACUAUGGUGGAGAAAAGAGUUCUCGCUCUCUCUGGCAAACCACCCUUCCUCACACAUCUCCACUCGUGCUUUCAGACCAUGGAUCGUCUCUACUUUGUGAUGGAGUAUAUCAACGGUGGAGAUUUGAUGUAUCAAAUACAACAAGUGGGAAAAUUUAAGGAACCCCAUGCUGUGUUCUACGCUGCAGAAAUUGCCAUUGGCUUGUUCUUUCUUCAAUCAAAGGGCAUUAUUUACAGAGAUCUGAAACUGGAUAAUGUGAUGUUGGAUGCUGAAGGCCACAUUAAGAUUGCAGAUUUUGGCAUGUGCAAAGAGAACAUGUUUGAUGGGGCCACAACCAAAACCUUCUGUGGCACUCCAGACUACAUUGCCCCAGAGAUCAUUGCAUAUCAACCGUAUGGCAAGUCUGUCGACUGGUGGGCGUAUGGAGUUUUACUGUAUGAAAUGCUGGCAGGACAGCCCCCUUUUGAUGGUGAGGAUGAAGAUGAGCUUUUCCAGUCCAUUAUGGAGCAUCAUGUGUCUUACCCGAAAUCCAUGUCCAAAGAAGCAGUGGCCAUAUGCAAGGGGCUGAUGACCAAGCAUCCAGGGAAGCGCCUGGGCUGUGGACCAGAAGGAGAACGAGACAUUAAGGAACACGCUUUCUUCCGCUACAUGGACUGGGAAAAACUGCAAAGCAAGGAAGUUCAACCCCCCUUCAAACCCAAAGCAUGCGGUCGAGACGCAGAGAACUUUGAUCGUUUUUUCACCCGCCAUCCUCCCGUCCUGACCCCUCCUGACCAGGAAGUGAUUCAAAACCUGGACCAAGAAGAAUUUCAGGGCUUCUCAUUCAAUAAUCCAAAUUUUGCAUCUGUGAAAUCCAAGUAACCAGUUUUAGCCAAGCUCAAAAUAGGGACCAAUAAGAUUACACGUCUUGAAAUUACAUAAUGUGAAUGAGCCAAUGAGAGAGUUCAACCAGAUUGAUGGAGGAAUGGAGGUCAUUUCCUGCUUACUAUUUCUUAUUUGAUUAAAAGGAUCAAGGAAAGAGACUGACUAACUUUGUUAAUUAACCUAUAAAGAGUGAAUGUGUGGCAGCUUUGCAAGAUUUUGACUAUUUGAUGAUUGAUAUAUCAUGGACUGUAGAGUUAUUGGUUAAAAAAAAAGAGUAUCUGGAUAAAUCCAGUGUCCUGGUCACAUUUCACCCCUUAAUA